CCAUGAGGUGUCAACAUGAAGAAUGGCACUGAAGUUAGUAUAUUUGUACUGAAGGGUUUCACAGACAAGUUUGAACUGCAAAUCACCUUAUUCUCUGUGUUUCUGGCAAUUUACGUGUUUACUCUGAUGGGAAAUUUAGGACUGGCUGUAUUGGUCAUUGGGGAUUCUUGUCUCCACAACCCCAUGUACUAUAUUCUGAGUGUGUUAUCAUCUGUGGGUGCCGGCCUCUCCUCAGUAGUUACUCCAAAUAUGUUAGUAGAUUUUAUGUCAAAGAAUAUAGCUAUUUCAUUCCUGGAAUGUGCAGCACAGAUGUUUCUCGCUGUUACUUUUGGGACCACAGAAUGCUUUCUCUUGGCUGCAAUGGCAUAUGAUCGCUAUGUAGCAAUCUACAACCCUCUGCUGUAUUCAGUCAACAUGUCACCUAGGGUCUAUGUGCCACUCAUCAUUGCUUCCUAUGGUGGUGGCAUUCUGACUGCUUCAGUUCAAACAGGGGCCACAUUUACCCUAACCUUCUGUGCAUCUGAUGAAAUUAGACAUGUCUUCUGUGAUGUCCCUCCUGUCCUCGCCAUUUCUUGUUCCGACACUCACACGAACCAGCUUCUAGUCUCCUACUUUACGGGCAUUAUUGAGACAGUCACUAUCCUGAUUGUCCUGGUCUCCUAUGGUUUCAUUCUGGUGGCCAUUCUGAGGAUGCAUUCUGCUGAAGGGAGACGAAAAGUCUUUUCUACUUGUGGCUCUCAUCUAACUGGACUGUCAAUUUAUUAUGGGACAAUCUUCUCCACGUAUGUGGGAACAAGUUCCAGCUACUCUUCCGACCAUGACAUGAUAGUGUCAAUAUUUUACACCAUUGUGAUUCCUAUGCUGAAUCCCAUCAUCUACAGUUUAAGGAACAAAGAUGUAAAAGAGGCAAUGAAAAGAGUGUUUGGUAAAAUUGGAUGUAUUAAUAAAAUAUAUUUUUCACACUAA